AUGUACAGGCCGUCACGGGCGGUCACACCUGCCUCGUCGCGGUACGCAGCCGAAUAUGGCCUGCCUACGUGGCGUCCUACGCAGAUUCAAUCGUACAUUGAUCGGUGCUGCGACACGGCGAUGGAGCAGUUGAACCUGCCGCUGGCGUUGGAGCUGGCCGACUACAUUAACACGAAGCGGGCCAACACGGCACGCGAAGCUGCGUUUGAGAUUGUGCAGCGCAUCAACGCUCGUGUGCCGCAUGUGGGCAUCCUUGCGCUCGAUCUGCUCGACAUCCUUGUAAAGAACUGCGGCUUUCUGAUGCAUUUGCAGAUUGCGACCAAAGAGUUUCUGAACGAGCUGGUGCGCCGAUUCCCAGAACGACCUCCGAUGCACCCAGGGCCUGUAAUGACGCGAAUCCUCGAGAUGAUUCACGAGUGGCGGCAGACGAUUUGUGUCACGAGCAAGCACAAAGAAGAUCUCGUGCACAUCCGCGACAUGCACCGUCUCUUGAUGUACAAGGGCUACCGCUUCCCCAAGGUCGACGCGCGCUCAGCCUCUGUACUGAGCUCGACGCAGCCGCUGCAGUCUCCAGAGGAGCUGGAGGAGGAGACGCGCCUUGCUCAGAGCGCCAAGCUGCAGGAGUACAUUCGUCGCGGCACGCCACGCGAUCUGCAUCAGGCGCAGGAACUCAUGAAAAUUCUGUCGGGCGCCGAGCCGGAGAGGGACCAUGUACAGACACGCCAGAUUGUCAGGGAGAUGGACAAGAUCGAGUCGCGCGUCAAGCUCCUAGGCGAUAUGCUCGAUCAGGCCAACCCAGCCGACAAAUUUGUGUCGGGCGACGCCUACGACCAAGUUGCCUCGAGCCUGCAAAGCAUUCAGCCGCGCUUGCAGCGCUGGAUUGAGCAGGCUGAUGAUAGCGAAGAGUCGCAGCACCUGACGCGCUUUCUCGAGGUGAACGACGCGAUCCAUCAAGUCUUGCAGCGUUACGAGGCCGUCGCAACCGGCCGGCAACCGGCCGCUGCAGGGUCCUCGCUCAUCUCUCUCGAGGAUGAUGACGUCGCACAGGUGCCUCCCGCGUCCCAGCCACAGUCGCUUCUCGACGAAUUUGCGUCGUUGGACAUGUCCCAACCACCCAAGCCCGUUGCGGCGCCGACCGCCGCCCCCUCGUCCAGCGAGAAAAAGACCACGAGCUCCGACGUAUUCGACCUACUCGGCGAACUCGACGAACAUGCCCAUCCCCCUCCCCCACCAACGUCGUCUCGUCCCUCGCCAGCCGCCCACGAUCCGAUGGCCGGGGUGGAUUUGCUCUCAUAG